GACCGACCGACCGACCCGACCGACCGACCGACCGACCGACCGACCGACCGAACCGACCGACCCGACCGAACCGACCAACGACCGACCGACCGACCGACCGACCGACCGACGACCGACCGACCCCGAACCGACCGACCGACACGACCGACCGAACCGACCCGACCGACCGACCGACCGACCAACAACAACCAACCGACCGAACCGACCGACCGACCGACCGACCGACCGACCGACCCGACCGACCGACCGACCGCCCGACCGACCGACCGACCGACCGACAAACCAACCAACCAACCAACCAAACCAACC